UGCAAUUGAAAGGAUCCACAUCUGUCUUGGUGAGGUAUAUAGAAGAUUUUCCAUGUGCCGAGUAAAAAUUAUGUGCUAGCGAGGAUUGACCGGCGGGAUACCGAGCAAAGUGACCACGGGCACGGUUGGCUAGAUUCCUCGAUGACGAAAAAGACUGCUACCAGAGUAGUACCCAAGUUGUGAGAGGAAGAAGCAGAGUCGCGCACGGCGGCCAUGGCGUCUGGAGGAGGAAGCAGCGGUGGAGGUGUGGAGUGGCACGUUAGGCCUCCGAAUCCCAAAAAUCCAAUCGUCUUUUUCGAUAUAACCAUCGGUUCCAUCCCCGCCGGCCGUAUCAAAAUGGAACUCUUCGCUGAUAUUGCUCCUAAAACUGCCGAAAAUUUCAGACAGCUAUGCACCGGCGAAUACAGGAAAGCAGGGCUGCCUGUUGGUUACAAGGGUUGCCAAUUUCAUAGGGUUAUUAAAGAUUUUAUGAUUCAAGCUGGAGAUUUUCUUAAGGGUGAUGGUAGUGGAUGUACUUCCAUAUAUGGCCAUAAGUUUGAAGAUGAAAAUUUCAUUGCCAAGCACACUGGUCCUGGGCUUCUAUCAAUGGCAAACAGUGGUCCAAAUACCAAUGGUUGUCAGUUUUUUAUCACGUGCGCGAAAUGUGAGUGGCUUGAUAAUAAGCAUGUUGUAUUCGGGAGGGUACUUGGAGAUUGUCUUCUCGUUGUUCGGAAGAUCGAGAAUGUGGCUACAGGACCAAACAACCGGCCGAAAUUACCAUGCAUUAUAGCUGAGUGUGGGGAAAUGUAAAACUAGUAAUUCAUUUUACACAUUUGCUGAGGAAGACUACCCAUAAACGAAAUUGCUGUAAAACUUUUAGUUUUUUUUUAACAAUCUUAUUAUAGGUUCCGAUUGUAUCUGCUCUUUUUGAGGCAAUGACUAGUCCUUCCCCAAUCUAUAAAUAAGAGUAUAAUGCACUUUAGCACAUCCGAACUCACAUUCUUCUGUAUUGACAAGUUAAGAUUUAAUAAAAAUUUUAGAACUUAUUUACUCUAA